AUGGAUGACUCUAAGAAGAAGAAAAAAUACUAUCAGUCUUAUAAAGAAGCAUAUUCCAAAGAAUUUUCAUUCAUAUUAAAGUCACGAAAAGGCGAUAAACAUGUCUUUUGUUCGGAAUGUGCCGUUGAUUUUAGCAUUUCUCACUCUGGUAAGGGUGAUAUUAAAAACCAUAUUCAAAGUGUGAAGCAUCAACGGAAUACUUCUGCCAAUGUGAAGAGCGAUAAAAUUAGUACUUUCUUCGAAAAAUCAGAUGAUUUAAGAACAAUACGGGCUGAAUGUUUAUUUACGUCCUUCUUAGUGGAGCACAAUCUGCCCUUAAGCUGCGCUGAUCACAUUGGACCUUUGCUAAAAAAGAUUUUUCCAGAAAACGACCUAGCAAACAGCUAUAGAUGUGGUAGAACAAAAUCUUCAAAUAUUGUUGGAGAGUUUGCUACCCAAGUGACCGAAAAAUUAAAGAUAAUUUUACGAAGACAGCCCUUUUCAGUUGCUACUGAUGGUAGCAAUGAUUAUGACUCAAAGCUGUAUCCUGUAAUUGUAACUUUUUUCAAUCCAGAAUCAAGAUCGGUGGAAAAUAAUUUAUUAGGCUUACCAGCUUUAAACGGUGAUAGCACCGGGGUAAAUAUUGGGAACCUCGUUAUAGAUCUUUUGAAGAACCAUGAGGUACCGAUUACAAAUUGCAUAUCUUUAGUGUCUGAUAAUGCACCUGUGAUGGUGGGGAAAAAGGCGGGUGUUGUGACUGUUUUGAGAGAAUUACAACCGAAUUUGAUUUCUGUUGGUUGUGCCUGCCAUCUUCUAAAUUUAGCUGCCGAAAAAGGGUCUUCAGUGUUACCGCUUAAUAUUGAUGAACUCCUCGUUGAUAUUUAUUUUUAUUUCAAAAGAAGUUCUAAGCGGAUUGAAAAAUUACGGGAGUUUCAAAGAUUGCAUGAUACAGAGGCAAAAAAAUUGUUGAAGCAUGUCUGCACAAGGUGGCUUUCUGUUGGGAAAUGUCUUGAUAGGCUUCUAAUGCAGUGGAAUCCCCUAUGUAACAUAACACAUUGCAACUGGGGUGUGCAUCCAGCGGCAGCAACCUGA